AUUAGUGUUUUUAUUUGAAUAGAAGAUAUUUACCGUACAUAUUUGGUCCGAACCCUAACCCCUUCGAUCUCCCGCAAAAAAAUCUCAAAUUGAAUCCCACCCAUCUCUCUAAGCGAUUCCCAACACAAGCUUUGGUAAUGAUUUCUGGUUAUUCAUCUCUUUCACUACUUCUUGUUCGUUUUAUUUCUCUUAAGUUUGCAAUGCAUUAUCUCUUUUUUUUAAUAUCUUCUUUAUGUAGCGAUCAUAUUCGAAAGAUUAUUUGGUGCUUUUUCAAUCGGUAGUUUGUCAUGCCUACCGUGACGAAGCCAGAUAGAAUUACUUUGUUACCGGGUCAUGUAAUGGACCAUAUUCUGUGUUACUUGCCAAUCAGGGAAGCAGUUAGAACAAGUGUUUUAUCUAGUAAAUGGAGGAACAAAUGGUACUCACUACCGGAUAUUGUGUUCUCUCCCCGAGACCCUUUCGUUUGUGAGAGUAAGUAUAUUAAGAUGGUUGAUCAUGUACUCUUACUUCAUUCUGGGUCAAUCAACAUGUUCAAGCUCUCUGAUUCAGGCCAUGAUGUCUUUAGUGUGAAUGCUGCAACUGAUAUGGAUCGGUGGAUUCUUUAUUUAAUUGGAAGAUCCAUUAAAGAGCUUGUACUGGAUGUUUUGAUGGAUGAGUUAUAUAAGAUACCUUGGUGCUUAUUCUCUUGUCAAAGCUUACAUCGUUUAAAAUUAUAUUCGUGUUGGCUUAAUCCUCCAACAACCUUCGAAGGAUUCAGGAACUUGAGAAGUCUUGAUCUGGAUCAUAUUAGAAUGACUCAAGAUGCUUUUGAAAACUUGAUAUCCAGCUGCCCUCUGCUUGAACAUUUGAAAUUGGCAAAUGUUUUUGGAGGUGUCACCCAAAUUAAUAUUCAUGCACCAAAUCUUAAGUUUUUUGAUAUCUAUGAUAUAUUUGAGGGUAUUAGCUUUGUCAACACUUUCCAAUUAACUACAGUAGCCAUUAAUUUAAGUUUGAAUUUGAACUCCGAAAGCAAUCAAAAUAGAUUGCAUGGAUGCUCUAGCAAUUUGCUCAAUUUUUUUGAUGGUCUACCUCAUAUACAGAGCCUAGAGAUUCAUCAAGACUUUUUAAAGUAUUUGGCUGCAGGUGUUGUGCCGGUAAAGCUUCCUACACCUUGUAUCAAUCUAGGUUAUCUUUCCUUAGACAUAAAAUUCAAUGACUUGAAAGAAGUUUCGGCUGCUCUUUGCUUGCUCAGAAGCUCACCUAAUCUUCGAACAUUAGAAAUAUUUGCACGGAUUGAGAAGGAUACUGUCCUUUCGACACCAACAUCCUAUUGUUGGGAAGAUAUCUUUUCAAGGCCAACCAUGCCGAUCAAAGCACAACAUGUAACAAUAGAUGGUAUUUCAGAUACCAAACUGGAAUUAGAUUUUAUUAGAUUUCUACUUCUCUAUUUGCCUAUGCUAGAAAUGAUGCAUGUGAAACCUGGUGCAAAUGUCACAAUGGAGUUGACAAAAACACUGAUUCAGUUCAAAAGAGCGUCAGGAAGAGCUAAAGUUAUUCGGGAAGAUGAUACAAGCUCAUCCGAAGAAGAUUCAAUAUAUGGUGAGGAAAGGCCCAACAAUGAGGAGGUUGAAAAUGAGGAGGUAGAAGUGAGCCCAAUAGUGGAAAAGAGGCAAUCCAAAAAACCAAGAUGGAUGAAGGAUUACGUGUGCAAAUAGAGGAAUUCCUUUGUGAUGUUAGCUGCACUUAGUAGAGGAAUUUCUUUGUGAUGUUAGCUGCACUUAAUUGCAAUAUGUUAUUUUCUAUUCUAAUUUUACGCCAGUGGUUAUGCCAAGUUUAGUCAUAUAUGCUAUAAGAAUUAAUCAUUUUCUAAUAUGUUGAAUGAUAAGAAUAUCCUAUUACUCUCUCAAAUUCUCUUUUUAUCCUUUUCUUUAGUCUUGAGAAGUUGGCACUCACCCGA